AUGUAUAGCGUUAACAAUAUAUCUAAUUGUUCAAAAAGCGCCAAAAUGGAUUAAGUGUAAUCAAAGACUCAUAAAAUAUAAAAAAAAUGGAAAAAUGAAGAAGCCAAAAAGGUAAACAAUAAGAACUAUUUACUCUUUAUUGAGGAGAAUUCCAGAUUUAAAGGCUUUAAUUUUCCUCAUAAAAAUAACUAAUACUCUCAUACAAAUAUAUUAUCAUCUGACGAAUCAACUUACAAUUCCUCUUCCAAUACCGAAAUAGAUAAAAAGACUUAGUAAUCAGACAUCUUUGACAAUUUUUCCUCAAGCGCUUUGUAAUUAACCCAGAAAAAUGAUUAGCUUUAUCCUUUAAGUUCUGUUAUUUGUCAAAAUAAUACUUCAUAAAUGAUGAACUAAAAAUAUUAUCAAUUAAAUGCUACUCCAAUAAUUCUUAUAGAACCCAGCGAGUCAAAAUGCUUUUGCCUAUACAAUGAAGUUGUUCUUGAUUUUGAUCUCUUGGAUGAGUAUAAAUAUAUUUACUAGAAAUCUUUGACGUAGGUGCUUUCUUCUUUUAAAAAGGUGAACCAAAUUUAAAAGCUAAAUAAUGGUGAUCUAAUUGAAGUUUAGUAAGAAAGUUUUUCAAACCCAAUAUUAGAAUUUACUUUCUUAAUUAACUAGCUUAAAUCCUUAAAUAAUAGUGAAGCUUAUAGGUGGUCUUAAGCUCUUCAUGUAUUUUAAUAAAAAACAUAAUCCCAAAUAAAUUACAUCACUAGUCUUAAGCAAUAAGAAGGAUAAUCUUAAAAAUUAAAAAAUUUAUUUGCUUAACGCAAACAAUUUGCCUUUUAAAAGGCUUAAAAAUUAUCUAAGCUAAUUCCUAGAAAUCAAUAUUGCAUGUAUAUUGUAUAUAAUUUUGAUUAUGAGAGCUUAACUGUCAGAUAGUCUCACACUGGAUAUAGCAGAAAGCUUCUUGACAUUAUGGGAAUUUCUAUGCAAGAUGCUCCAUCUGUUUUUCUAAGAAAAGGUCCACUUGAUUUAAUAAACAAAAAAACUCAUACAUGGAAUAUGCUCUUGGCAGCAAUACAAUUAACAGGACAUCCAAAGUAGGAAGUAAUUGAUAUUGCAGAAGGGGAAACAUUCAUUUAAACGUUGGAUGACAUAUAACUGCAUGCAAAAAUUAGCAUUAAAACUAACAACCUAACAUUUUAAUAUGAUAGCCACAACAAUAUAGAUUUACCUAUUUAAGAUGAUAUGAUGGUUGAAAUCUUUUAUGAAAUAGAUGAAGAAAAUCUAACAAAAUUCUAUAAGAAACGCAAAGAAAAGAGAAUCCUUGAAUCCUUCUCAAUUUAUGACAUAAUAGAUGGAGAAUUUGAAUAUUUAAUGGAAGUUGAGAAUUUCUUAUAAAAGUACUACGAAGCAAAUAUUUCUUCAUUAUCAUAAAAGAAAAAAGCUGAGUUUGAUUUAAAAAACAAACAAAAAAAUGGUGUACAAAAUUAAUGUUUGGUUAAAAGUGAGAACAAUAAAUAUUAUAGCCUAUCAGACUCACAUAUAAUUUCUAAGAAUUUGGAUAAAAUGAUCAAUAAAGAUUCCUCUAUAAACUAAAAUGUAGUAAUCAUAAAAGGAAAUUUAAAAUUGUCUGACGAUUAAGAUCCAACUGUUUUAAUUUGA